AUGGAAAAAGUAUUUUUGGAUUUGUACCAAUUGUCAGAGUCGUAUACCGCUCCGAUAGAGACAAUAAUCACACUCUUCACAAUAAAAUACUGUGAAUCUGAUAUAAAAAUUAAAUUCAUAAAAGGCAAAAAUAAACCACAAGAAAAACUCUACAAUAUUGAUAUUUCAACAUUUCGCCACGAGAUUUUAGAGGAUGUUCCCCAGGAUGUUGCAAAUUCAUGCGCAUUGCCACAUAUUAUUGUCAAUGAACACAGUUACAUUGCCGGACUUUGCGCCACUUUAAGAGAAAUAAUAAAACAAUCACUGACAAACGAUCAUUGUCAAGGUCUCUUGGGUUUUAAGGACUCGUGUCUACUCGCCUGCUCCGAAGUCAGUGUUUGGACGAAAUUUUGCGAAGUUGACAUUAUAUCGACUCUGAAAUUUUUCGACGUUAAUUCCAACGAAUUACCAGUGACUCUGGCAAGAUAUGAAUGCCACAUGUCACAACCAGUGCGUUUACAUAAUCUCUACAAGUACACAAUGUCAAAGAAAUUUUCCAAAACUUGCAAAACUCCCGAACAUAUUUACGCCGAGGGUUCGACAAUUUCCCUCGCCGAUAUCAUAAUAUUUGUCUGUAUUUACAUUUUUCUUGACAACAUAAAUAUCACAAGAGUGUGGAAUGAGAAAAUUAUUGAAAUUUUACCACUUACUUUCAAAUGGUAUACGAGAAUGAUUCAGGACGAGAGGAUUUUUGAAUGUUUGACAAUUAUCGAGGAGUUGAAGGAGAUAGAGAGUGAUAAUAGUAGAAAUUAUAUUCUUCCCGUUGUUCAAAAUCAAAGUCUAUAUAAAAGCGAUCCAAAGAGAUAUAAGCCGAGGAAUAGGAUAUUUACGAGGCAGGAGGAUAUUGAUAAUUCACUGGAAAUAAUAAGAAAUGCCGAUGUGAAGACAUCAUUGACUGGUGUUAUUUUUGCUGGUGAUGAUAAUUUUGAUUGGUUAGAGAUACCAUUUGACGCAACUCCAGAAGGUGGUGCUUUGCCUAUUAGUCGAUUGAAGAGGAAGUUUGAGCAAUUGGAAAAUCUUUGUAAGCCUGUUAUCAGUAUCGCUAAGGACGGCGAUAUUAUUGUUGAUUUUUGCUCUGGUAGUGGACAUUUAGGAAUAAUUAUUGCAUACCUACUGCCACGAUGCAAUGUGAUUUUAUUAGAGAAUAAAGAAGAGUCGUUGAAUAAAGCCAAAGAAAGGGUGAAGAAAUUACAAUUGAACAAUGUCAAGUUCUUUCAAUGUAAUUUAGAUUAUUUUAAGGGUAAUUUUAACAUUGGAAUGUCAUUACACGCUUGUGGUGUGGCAACGGACCUGGUGAUUCAACAUUGCAUCCGGAGAAAUGCAGCAUUCAUUUGUUGUCCUUGUUGUUAUGGAUCGGUUCACGAUUGUCAUCACAUUACGUAUCCGAGAAGUGAGUUUUUCAAAAAUCUAAUUGAAAAUCGUAGUUAUAUGGUACUUGGUCAUGCGGCAGAUCAAACUCACGAUGUUUAUAAUGCAAAAACAAAGCAGGGUUACGAGUGUAUGGAAAUAAUUGACACGGAUCGUAGACUUCAAGCUGAACAAUUUGGUUAUAAAGUUCAUUUAGGGAAAUUAGUGCCAGAAACAUGUACGCCGAAAAAUCAUUUACUAGUCGGUAUUCCAAGUUCGAUACGUUUAUAAUUAAUUUACCUCAAUUUUCUUUCUUUUUAUCUCUCUCUCUUUUUUUUCUUAUAUUUUCGAUUUUAAAUUCGAUAAAUUAGUUGAAUUUAAUUAUUUUUCAAUUACUUUCGAAUUAGUUUUGAAUUACUUUCGAAUUAUUCUUGAAUUACUUUCGAAAUAUUUUUGAAUUCUUUUGAUUUUCAAAAAUUAUUUUCAAUUCUUUUUUAAUUGUUAACUAAAUCAAUAUUAAUUAAAUUUUAAUUAAAUUUAUACAAUAAUUUUGUGUUCUUCCAUUUCGCGACGAUCUCAGUAUUCUCAGUGAAUGAAUGACGCGAAAGAUAAAUUUUUAUAUUUCUUUUUUGAAUGCAGUUUUUACUUUAAAUAGCGUUAAAUUAAAUUUCUUGAAAAAUAGAUAAUUAAAAAAAUUCCUUGAGUAGAAUUCAAAAAAAAAGAAACUCGAAAAAAGCAUUUAUAUUUUACAAAUACCUUUGUAAAAUAUUUUUAAAAUUUCUAUCCAUCGAAAUUCGUUUCAUCUAAAUUAUUAUUACAAUUUUUUUUUAUUAUUAUUACAAUUAAAUGAAAAACUUGAGUUGAGGAAUGAAAACGAAAAAUUAUUUUUGUUUUGUAAAAAACUAGAGUUGAUGAAUGAAAACGAAUUUCGUAUGGAUAUGAGAAAAGGGAACUUUUUUGAAUCAUCGAUUUAUGCUUUGUAAAGCGUGUAUACAUCGAUAGAUUUAUUUAAAUUAAAUUUUUCUUUUUUUUUUUAAUAUUAAACAUGACAAAUACACACUUACAGGUGAAUCACGAGAUUUAAUAUAUAUUUUGUAUACAUUUAUCUACUAAUAGUAAUAAUAAUGAUAAUAAUAAUAAUUAAUAUUAAUAAUAAUAAGUCAUAAAAUACUAUUAUAAACUAAUCAGUUCUGUCUUGUAAUAUACUUGCACAUUAGUAAUUGUUAAGUGGUGGUUUCCAUGAAACAAGAAGGGGAGAUUAUAGUUACAAAUAUUAUUUUAAAGAGCGAACUGAGAAAACCGGGUUCGCAAAAUAUAUUGUCAUACAAAAAACUCUGUACACUCGGUUACAAUUAUGUAACCGGAAAUGUAAUAUAGCGACUUGAUAAAAGCCCUUGGUGUUCUAA